AUGCCGGUUCGAGAGGUGUCCCGACUUCCCGAGCUCAAUGAGAUUCUGGAGAAAUCCGACUCGAAUCGGCUCAUAAUUGUGGACUUUUUUGCCAAUUGGUGUGGUCCGUGCCGGAUGAUAAGUCCUGCGUUCGAGCGGCUUUCGAUGGAGUUUGGAAACGCCACGUUUCUUAAAGUGAAUACGGAUUUGGCGAGAGACAUCGUGAUGCGCUACAGUAUCUCCGCCAUGCCAACCUUCCUCUUCUUCAAAAACAAGCAACAAGUGGAUUCGGUGCGCGGCGCCAACGAAUCCGCAAUCAUCAGCACUAUUCGAAAACACUAUUCUUCGACACCAGCCAACCCGAAUGCAGCGUCAGACGAGGAAAAGAAGUUUCUGGAGAGAUUCGUGGGGUACACGGAGCUUCGGAAAAUGCACACUGACGAGGUGUUCAAGGCGUUGGCGAGGAGUGUGAUGCCAGAUGGGAUCUCUGAUCGUUUGGAAAACGGAGAAGACGAGAAAAAAGUACUCCAGGAGCUUCUAGAUUGGUUCAAAAACGACUUUUUCACCUGGUUCGACCGCCCUACAUGCCUAAAAUGCACUUUAAAAUGUACCACAGAAGGGUUAAACGGAACACCGACGAAAGAAGAAAAAGAGGGAGGAGCUGGAAGAGUUGAGGUCUUCAUCUGCAAUGGGUGUAACUCUGAAAUGCGAUUCCCAAGGUAUAACGAUCCUUCGAAGCUUCUGCAGACCCGUACUGGACGGUGUGGAGAAUGGGCGAAUUGUUUUGGUCUAAUCCUCUCGGCCGCCGGCCUAGAAAAUCGUUUUGUGCUCGACACCACUGAUCAUGUGUGGAACGAGGUGUAUCUCAAAAAAGAGCAAAGAUGGAUCCACGUGGAUCCCUGUGAGAACACUAUGGACCGCCCGUUGCUCUACACUCGUGGGUGGAAGAAGCAGUUGAAGUACUGUAUUGCUUAUGGGCAUGACCACGUGACAGAUGUCACCUGGAGAUAUGUCUUUGAUAGCAAGAAGCUGGUGACCCAAGAGAGAGUGAGACAAGGGGUUUUGGAGAAUUUCCUCGGGAAAUUGAACGCCAGGCAAAUGGCCGGGGCAACGGAGGAGAGGAAGAGGGAGUUGGCGGUUCGGCGGGUGUGUGAACUGAUGGGAAUGAUGGUUCAAGAGGCGAAAAAUCAGAGGAUCGGAUGGGAGAAGCUCGGGGAGGAUAUGGGAGGGAGAACUACAGGCUCCAAAGAGUGGCGUCGUGCUCGUGGCGAGUUGGGAGACAAUCCAGAAGCCCAAGUGCUCGGAAAACCGAUCGAAUUCAGAAUCCAAAAUGACGCAAACCACGUGGAAUUUUCGUACGAUGUGAAUCGAGAUUCGUACUCGCAGACGCCGGAAAAGGGCUUUGUAGCACAAACAUUUGAGUGUAAUAAUAUCCAGAGAAAGGUGGAAAACGACUGGAAAAUGGUUUAUUUGUGUCGAGAGGAUGGGAAAAAGGAGGGAAAUAUUUCCUGGCACUUCAAUCUCGCUCCACUAGUCGCUACUGACUCAAAGAAAACCAUCGAAAAAGUGGAAAUUCGAAUGGCGGGAAUUCGAAAAUUCGAAAAUGGGAAUAUAUUGAUUAUUGCGUGUUUAGGAGAUACUUGCAUGAGAAUUCCAGCCAGUGGAAACUUGACAAUUGAGGACCCGAAACCGGAAGUUUUGAAAAUUACGGUCACCCUGUCUGGCGGUGAGAGAAACCAAGCAUUCCAGCAUGCACAGCUCUUCAGAACCGAAAAAGAUGACGUGGCAGAAGCGACGGAGAGUAUGGUCGUCAGAGUGUACAUGAAGUGA